CAGCCCUGAAGAAUGGCAGAAGCAGUCUUCCAUGCCCCAAAGAGGAAAAGAAGGGUGAAUGAGAGCUACGAGUCUCCGUUGCCCAUCCCGUUCUGGCAAGACCCCGGUCCCAGGCAGGGAUGCCCACAGCUCCGUGCCGAGCUCAUCAACAGCAGGGUGAUCGUGAGGCGCUCGGAGGACAUGAAGCAGCUGUACGGGAAAGGUUACUUUGGAAAAGGCGUUCUUUCCAGAAGCCGGCCAUGCUUCACGGGUUCAGAUCCUAAGCUGGUUGCCACAUGGAAAGACAUGAAGACACGCAUGCCUAUAAUCACGUCAAAGAAGUAUGAGCGUCGUGUGGAAUGGGCCACGGAGGUCAUGCGGAGACAAGGCCAGGAUGAGAGCACAGUGUGCGAGAUCCUCAAGGAGUUCACAAAACCUCUUGGACAUCCUUGCACAGGGAGGAGCGAAAAGUGUGAACAGUGCGAUGCCCGCGGCUCCCAGGUCGCCUCCACCCUGUGCCACACAGCAGAGACCCAGGGUCCUUCUGUGAUGAAUGGAGACUCUGGACAGCGGGGUGGGCACCCUGAUGGCCUGCAGGAGAGCUCUGGACACGACCUGCCUCCUGCACACCGCCUCGAGGGACCCAUGGUAGAGGACACGGCAGCUCUGCCCCGAGAGCCCCUCAGCGCCCAGAGCGGACAUCAGCCAGCAGGACAGAUGGGGUCCGAGGCUGAGUACGUGCUGGUGGAAGAAAGCCUGUGUGAUGAGCAGCAGGAGGCGGGCACCCUAGCGGAGGAUUGGGUACACAGGCGGAGAUUAACAUGCCGGAGGAAUCCGUAUAGGAUCUUUGAGUAUUUGCAGCUCAGCCUGGAGGAGGCCUUCUUCCUUGCGUAUGCCCUGGGAUGCCUGAGUGUUCACUAUGAGGAGGAACCUUUAACGCUUGUGAAGCUCUGGCGCGCGUUCACCGCCGUGCAGCCCGCCUUCAGGACGACGUACAUGGCUUACCACCACUUCCGAAGCAAGGGCUGGGUGCCCAAGGUGGGGCUCAAGUACGGGACGGACCUGCUGCUGUACCGGAAAGGCCCUCCGUUUUACCAUGCAAGCUACUCGGUGAUGGUGGAGCUGGUUGAUGACUGCUUUGAGGGCGCCCCCCGCAGGCCGUUCAGCUGGAAGUCCUUGGCUGCGCUGAGCAGAGUGUCAGCCAGUGUCUCCAAGGAGCUUCUGCUGUGUUACUUGGUGAAGCCCUCCACCAUGACUGAGGAGGAAAUGGGGUCCCCGGAGUGCAUGAAGAGAAUUAAAGUUCAGGAGGUGAUCCUCAGUCGCUGGGUUUCUUCACGAGAGAGAAGUGACCCGGAUGAACUUUAGUGGCCCAGUGCAGCCUCCCCGUGUCCUGCCAGGGCCCGGGCAGGUGGGUACAAUGUCCUGUCCUGGAACUGAAGUUUUAAAGGACGGCCGGCACACCACAGAAGCCUUGGUGUUGGAAAGGACUGCAGACUCCACCCGAGCGCCCGCCGUCCCUCCUCCCGCGCUGUGGAAGUCGGAGCUGGCGAGUCCAGCCCCACGGCAGUUCCGUGAUCUGGGCACAGGCUGAGUUCCUGUCACCCUGUCCCUGGGAGGUGGCACU